GAACAAGCCUCGGCUGCGCCGCUGAAUCAAAACAAUGGCGGACAGGCAGCGUAGCGCUCCUCUCUCGUGGUCUGUUUAAAGGAGAAACAAACCUGCUGCCAAGAUGAGCGACGUUGUGGAGAAGACCCUGACAGCUCUGCCCAGCCUCCUGUCUCUGGACUCUCAGCCUGGAUCUGCUAAACUCUCCUCCUCCUCCAAACUGGGAAACCUCAUCAGAGGAAUCACCGAGCUCACGUCCAAACAUGAGGAGGAGAAACUCAUCCAGCGUGAACUAGCAUCUAUCAAAGAACAGGUGUCCUCCCCAAACACCACCAUGAGGCAGAUGAAGGAGCUAAUGGUGAGAGCGAUCUACUGUGAAAGUCUGGGUUAUGAAGCUUCUUUCAGCUACAUUCAUGCCAUCAAACUGGCUCAACAAGGGACUGCUCUGGAGAAAAGAGUUGGUUACCUCGCUGUGUCCUUGUUCCUGAAUGAAAAUCAUGAGCUGCUGCUUCUUCUUGUGAACACUGUAUUAAAGGACCUCCAGAGCACGAACCUUAUUGAAGUGUGCAUGGCUCUAACUGUUGUCAGUCAGAUGUUUCCCAAAGAUAUGAUACCUGCAAUCCUUCCUCUGGUGGAGGAGAAACUUAAUCACCCAAAAGAAAUCAUUCGACGGAAAGCGGUGCUGGCACUGUACAAAUUCUACCUGAUUGCACCGAAUCAAGUUCAACACAUCCACAACAAGUUUCGCAAAGCUCUGUGCGACAAGGAUCCUGGUGUGAUGACAGCGUCACUGCACAUUUACGUACAGAUGAUCCAGGAGAAUCCAGAAGGUUACAAGGACUUGACAGCAAGUUUUGUCACCAUAUUAAAACAGGUGGUGGGAGGAAAGCUUCCUGUAGAUUUUAACUAUCACAGUGUUCCUGCUCCAUGGCUUCAAAUCCAGCUUCUCCGAAUAUUGUCUUUACUUGGAAAAAAUGACCCAAGCACCAGUGAGAUCAUGUAUGAAGUCCUCGAUGAGUCUUUACAAAGAGCAGAGAUGAACCACAACAUUACCUAUGCAAUAUUAUUUGAGUGUGUAAAAUGUGUAUACACAAUUCAUCCCAAAUCUGACCUUUUGGAAAAAGCUGCAAAGUGUAUCGGCAACUUUGUUCUAUCACAGAAGAUAAAUCUCAAAUAUCUUGGCUUGAAGGCUCUCACCUACGUGGUCCAACAGGAUCCUAAACUGGCCCUGCAGCAUCAGAUGACCAUCAUAGAGUGUCUCGAUCACCCUGACCUCAUCAUCAAGCGUGAGACACUGGAGUUGCUCUUUCGGAUCACUAACGCCCAGAACGUCAUGGUCAUUGUGGACAAGAUGCUGGAGUUUCUGCGCGUCAGUACAGAUGACUACACUACUAUUGACCUGGUGGGGAAGGUGGCAGAACUGGCAGAAAAAUAUGCACCGGACAAUGAAUGGUUCAUCGAGACCAUGAACACAGUGUUCUCAGUGGGUGGAGACAUGAUGCAGCCUGACAUCCCUAACUGUUUCCUCAAGCUGCUGUCAGAGGGAUUUGACAGUGUGGAGGAGGACAGGAAGCUGAGGCGGUUUGCUGUGGAUUCAUAUGUCUCUCUGCUGCGAGGAGAGCCUGGCAAGCUGCCACAGCGCUUCCUCCAAGUCAUCAGCUGGGUCCUCGGUGAAUACUCUCACUUGAGGGAGGAACUUGAACCAGCCACAGUCCUGCGACUUCUGGGAAAACUGUUAGAUAUGAAGCAAACCAGCAGCGAAACCAAGACCUGGGUCCUCAUGGCAAUGACCAAACUCAGCGAGGGCGGAGCAAGUGUUGCUGUCGCUCAGCAGGUUUCUGAAACAUACAUCAGCUCAAUGGACACAGUGCUGAGACAGAGGGCUCAGGAGCUGCAGCACCUCAGCCAAGACUCUCAACUACGAGCCAGGGUGCUACCUCGAGACGAUGGCCUGGAGCCUCUGGAGGUGGAUUCCUCUCUGUCGUUUCUGGAUGGGUUCGUCUCGGAGGCGUUGGCUGCUGGCGCUGCUCCAUACAAGCCUCCUCAUCAACGGCAGGAGGAAUUAGCUCAGGCAAAAGCGUUGAGCCUGGAGCCAUACGGCCUGUCCCUGCCCAUCAGCAUGUCCUCCUGCAGCAUCGCUGAUAGACAGUCUCCCACGCUGUUGUCCAUAAGCUCUGGUCUGUCGGGUGACAGUACUGAGCUCUCCCACAAAGGAGGCUCUACAACUCUGAAGCUGGAUGGAGUGAAGCGUGUGUGGGGGAGGGAGGGGUACCUGGCACAGAGGGAAUCUGUGGAGGAAGUUGCCCAGGUGGAGGUACCGAGUCCCCUCCGCUCACCCAGCCAGCAGGCGGAGGCUGACAGCUCACACAGCCAGACUCCGACCCUGACACCAACCCCUGAGCCCAAACAAGAUAAACAGCAGCUGGCUUCCUCACUGUUUUUUGGCCUCAGCUCCCAAAGCCCCAUGUGUCUGAUGGGAAAACCUGAGCCGACACCCAGUCGAUUCAGAGGAAAAAAAAAAAUUCAGGGCUCAUCCCCGAGCACCACUGAGCAAACACCCAGUUCCCUCGUCUCUACUCCCAGCACCGUGGAUAACCUGCUGUGUAAUGACCCGCUGGACAUCACCUCAGAGCCGACCGUUUCCUCGUCUAAAAUCACAUCAGAACUCUCCCCUGGCCUCAUUACGCCUGCUAAUGGCACCUGUGAUGUAGAGGCUAACUUUACCGGCAGUGAUGUAAACGAAAGUAACCCCCUCCUCAGUGAGGAUGAUGGUUUAGCAGCUGCUGAUCCCACUCCACACGAAGACCCAGACAGACCUAAAGACUUGUGUCUCAGUUCUCAUCUGCCUGCAGAGCUAUGUGGACUCGGCCACUCAGAAAUCACUCCUCUGUGCACGAACCAAAGUCUGGACCUCUCAGCCUGUCAUGUGCAGAAGGAGGAUUCCUUAGUGCUCGUCAUUUUCAUUUCCAACUCCUCUGCCAUUCAACAGAUACUACUGGAUCUUCACUCAGAACAACUAGAGGUAUCCCGUUUGUCUGACAGUCCAGUGGUGGAUGUGAGUAGCCACGGUGUAGCAGUGUACCAGUAUUCCCUGACUGUGAAGAGGCCUUCAGUUCAUGUUGAAGUAGUCGGGAUAGUUUCUUACCAGUUGUGCGAUGGGACGCCUCAGACACUGCAGUUCUCAUACAGACUCCCUCUGACCUCCUUCAUCAGACCCUUGACGGUGUCCACAGAAGAGUAUGGCACAAUGUGGCUCGACUUCUCUCACGACACAAAACAGAAUCUGACACUGAUCGGUGAUGGUGAAGAGCCUCUCACAGCCACUCUGAAUGUACUGAAGAGGAAACUUCAGCUUGGUGUCGUGGAAGUCAUAGGAAUGGAAGGUAUUUUAGCUUGUCAGCUCCUCCAGGAUCAGCCGUGUCUGAUGCAUUGCCGCGUGCACGCCGGUGCGCUGGCGGUGUGGUUGCGCUCUCCGGUGCCUGACCUGCCCGACUGCCUGAUCUACCACUGUCAGAGAGCUCUGCAGGUGGACUGAGCCUCAACUGCACCAAUCCACUGAAACCACUGAGCAACCAGAACCUCAACCACUGAAGUGGGAGGUGCACAGACGUACACAGUGCAGAACUGAGAAUGAAACUGAUGUUAGCAUCUUUACAUCACAGUGUUAACCAUUUAUUUAUCUCCUCCACUAUGAGUUACUUUGAAAGAUUUGGUUUUGACUGUCCUUGGAUUGUUGAAUUUUAUUGGUAGAAGAGAAUCACAACUAUUGAAACAUCAUGACUUGGAAUAACUUCAGGGCUAAAGGAGUUUGUGUAAACCUAUGUGUUUCAGAAUAAUACUUAAGUCUUAAAAUCCUGUUCAGAUCUGGUAUUAACAUCUGAUCUGAGGUCUGAUCACCAGGGGUCCGCUCUAAGUCCAGGUCUGAACUCACCCAAUGUGUCCUGAAUGCGUCCUGAGAUCCGAUCCUUAAGACCUCAUUAGGAGAUGGUCUGGGACACAUGUGGCCACAUUCUUUUCUCUGUGUGAACGUAAAUGUGUCCUGGGCCACAUUAAACGACUGCCUACUCAGCUGACGUCUCUGACACACUGCAGUUUUAUUUUACGGCAGAUGUAUUUUCACGCUUCUCAUUCACCCUACGUUGAUUUGUUCGUGACCACCGGCUCAAUAUCAACACUGAUCACCACAUAAUGAUCGAUACUUUUCUUAAAUUGGUCAAAUCUCUCUUCACAACAGUCACACAAGAAUUUUUCAGCACUUCCUCAUUCCUCUCUCCUGCUCACUCAUGCUGACACACUCACACAUUCACACACACAUUGUCAUUGGACACAUCUGUAAACUCAGACCAGACACGUUUUAAUUCAAGGUUAUGAGCAGACGAAUCAGAUCCCUCAGGAUGGAUGUUAAUACCAGGUCUGAGCCGGGUCAUAGAGGAUGAUGACAGGGCUCCAAAAUGACUUGAAACCUUUAAUGGUCAAAACAUUGACUGUGAAUGAAAUGAAUGCUUAGUAUGAAACUUCUAUUGUAUCGCAAGGGAAAAAUCAUGAACUAAUAUCUGUGCCUUGGGUCCUUAUGCUCGAGAGAGAGAGACACCAUGACAGUGAGGCUCAUUUGGAUUUAAAGAAGACAGACAUUAGUACUGUAACUGAAAACAUUUCACUGCUGUCAUUAACUUAACAAAUUGUUCUUUCUUGUCAACACAAAUUCAAGCAAUACUGAUUUAAAAUGGAAAUGUGGAUUGAGAGAAACACAGUGAAAAUACGUAUAUCCUCUAAGGGGUUAAAUUCAUUGUUCCGAAUCUCUUGUAAGUACUUGGGCAAUUUUUUUUACGAUUAUUUAAAAUAUUCUGCCAGCAAACUAAUAAUUUUAUAGUUUGUUGUCAAGGAAAACCUGCUCCAGUACCUGAAGGUUCCUCACAGCAAAUAGAUGUUUACAUUGUUGUUUGUCCAUUAGUUACAUUUGAUUCGUACAUCUUUGAUGCAUAUUUUGUCUUAAAAGUAGCAGUGAGGCUCAUGUUCUCCAUUAAUCACUGUGGUGAUGUUUUGUAGAUGCUGCCUUCUUAAAGGAUCAUCUACUCACUCAUAUUUCUGGUUUGUCAGUUUCGGCGAGAGGUGGAUUUUAGUGUUUUUUUAUUAUUAUAUUUUUCUAUCAAAGCAGUAUUGAAAACAUAUUUAUUGGAUUUAUAUUCUUACAGAAGAUAUUUUAUAUUAAUUUCACCCAAAAUCAAAUCUUGUGCUUCAUAUACUGUUUUGAUUGCGCCGUGCCGGAUUUGGCUUCCAGUUUGAAAACGUCUUUUAUUUAAUUUAAUCUGAAGGGAAAGUUGACCUUUUUCUUUUUUUUUGCCUGUGUCCUGAUCUGAGACAAAACGAGACGUCUAAAUCUCAACUUCAACCCAACGCCUUAUGUUCUAAUGCCAUGAUGGUGUGUUUGAUUUGUGCCUGUGGUACAGAAAGAAGAAAUCCUUUUUUCUUAGUGCCUGUCACUAUAUUCUACUAACUUCUGA